AUGAUGCCGACGAAUGUGAACCCUGAUUCAUCCGACAAAGACUCUGAGGUAUUCGCGGAAACUGAUCCAACCGGUCGAUACGGUAGAUACACCGAACUAUUAGGAUGCGGUGCGGUGAAGAAAGUGUACCGAGGGUUUGAUCAAGAAGAAGGAAUUGAGGUAGCAUGGAACCAAGUGAAACUAAGAAACUUCUGUGAUGAGCCUGCUAUGGUAAAGAGGCUUUAUUCUGAAGUGAGGUUGUUGAGAAGCUUAACAAACGAAAACAUUAUCGAGCUGUAUAGUGUUUGGACGGAUGAUGAGCGCGGCACGCUCAAUUUCAUCACUGAGGUUUGUACUAGUGGGAAUUUGAGAGAGUAUAGGAAGAAACAUAGGCAUGUGUCGAUCAAGGCGUUGAAGAAGUGGUCGAGGCAGAUUCUGAAUGGGUUGUAUUAUUUGCACACUCAUGAGCCUUGCAUCAUUCAUAGAGAUCUUAAUUGCAGUAAUGUGUUUGUUAAUGGGAAUGUUGGCCAGGUUAAGAUUGGUGACUUGGGUUUGGCCGCGGUUGUUGGGACAAAUCACAUUGCACACACAAUUCUCGGCACACCGGAGUUUAUGGCACCAGAGUUAUAUGAUGAAGACUACACAGAACUGGUGGAUAUAUACUCAUUUGGAAUGUGUUUGUUGGAGAUGGUGACUCUGGAGAUUCCUUAUAGCGAGUGUGACAAUGUCGCCAAGAUUUACAAGAAAGUGUCUUCUGGUAUUAGACCUGCUGCCUUAAACAAGGUCACAGAUUCUGAGGUGAAGGACUUCAUUGAAAAGUGUCUUGCUCAACCAAGGGUUAGACCUUCUGCUGAGGAGCUUCUCAAAGAUCCUUUCUUUGAUGAACUUGUUGACGACGACGAUGAUGACGAAAAUGCUGGUUAUGCUGAUUCAUUCUAA